AUGGCGCUCCAAACACAAAAAGACUACGACAUCCAGAACAAGAAACUCUUCACAGUUCCUCCUCCUGGCCGUCCCUACGGCGUGCCAGUCGCUGGAACCGAAAGGCCCAACCGAACCGCCGCCUACCGGCACUGGGCAGUCGGCGAUGGCCCUCUUGUCACUUCCCUCGAGCCUGGUAUCAACUCGACACACGACAUCUUGAACAGGAGUGCGCGCAAGUGGCCCAAUUCCAAAUGUCUCGGAACCCGUCAUUGGAACCAGGCGACUCAGCAGUGGGAGGACAAGUACGACUGGAUCACCUACGCCGAUUUCGACGUCCGAAGGAAGAACUUUGGCGCUGGUCUUGUUGAGAUUCACAAGGGUAUUGGCUAUGCGUCCGAGAAGUACGGUAUCGGUCUAUGGUCGCAGAACAGAGCCGAAUGGCAGAUCGCUGAUUUCGGCGCUGCUUCUCAAUCCCUGUAUUCAGUCUCACUCUACGAAACUCUCGGUCCCGACACAACAGAGUACAUCAUCAACCAUGCCGAGGUCGCCUGUGUCGUCUGCUCUCUUCCUCAUAUCCCUGUUCUUCUCAAGAUGUCGCCUCGACUUCCAGGUCUGAAACUCAUCGUGUCUCUUGACCCCCUUGAGCAGGGUGAGCUGGCUUCUCACACCAAAGCCUCUGUCCUCAACGAGAUUGCUUCUCAUCAUGGGAUUCAGAUCUUUUCCAUGGCUCAGGUUGAGGAGAUUGGCGCCAAGUCUGGACGUGCGCCUCAACCUCCUACCCGCGAGGAUAUCUGCACCAUCAACUACACCUCUGGUACUACUGGUAACCCCAAGGGUGUUAUGAUCACCCACGGGAACGCCGUUUCGGCUAUCGCAGGUGGCCGAACCAACGGCAAUGUGUGCCCCAAGGAUGUUCACAUGUCGUACUUGCCUCUUGCCCACAUUUACGGCCGACUCAUUGAUCAAAUUGCUGUCGCUGAGGGUGCUGCGAUUGGUUUCUUCCGAGGCGAUAUCCUGGGCUUGGUUGACGAUAUGAAGAUCCUCAAGCCCACUGGUUUCAUCUCUGUUCCCCGACUCUUCAACCGUUUCAAUUCGGCCAUUCGCACCGCUACUAUCGAAGCCGAUGGUGUCCGUGGCGCUCUCUCCCGACGUGUUAUCGAUACCAAGAAAGCCAAUAUGCGACUACCGCCCGGUCAGGCUUCCAACACCCACUUCUUGUACGAUCGAAUCUGGACUCCCAAGGUCAAGGCCGCUGUGGGUAUGGACAGGGUUCACAGUAUGGUCAGUGGCAGCGCUCAGCUUGAUCCCGAUGUUCAGCAGUUCCUGCGCGCCGCCUUCGCCAACCACUUCGCUCAGGGCUUUGGCAUGACCGAGACAUACGCUGUCGGCUCCAUCCAGGCCCGAGGCGACUUCACUACUGGAAACAUUGGUGGUCCCAUGUGCUGUGUGGAACUCUGCCUCGAGUCCGUUCCCGAGUUCGAUUACACUGUCGAUGACAAGCCCAACCCUCGUGGUGAGCUUCUCAUCCGCGGUCCUGUUAUUUUCCGCGAGUAUUACAAGAACGAUGAGGAGACCCGCAAGACUCUGGAUGCCGAUGGUUGGUUCCACAGCGGUGACAUCUGUGAGGUGGACAAGAUGGGUCGCUUCAAGAUCAUCGACCGCAAGAAGAACGUCCUCAAGCUCGCCCAGGGCGAGUACAUCUCCCCUGAGCGUAUUGAGAAUGUUUACAUGGGUAGCACCAGCCUCGUCAACGCGGCUUUUGUUCACGGUGACGGCACUCAGUCCUCGUUGGUCGCAAUUUUCGGCAUCGACGUGGAGAACUUUGCCCCAUUCGCUAGCAAGAUCUUGCAGGAGACCAUCACUCCCAACCAGGUUGCAGAUCUGCGCGUUGCAGCCAACAACCCCAAGGUGAAGGCCAAGUUUCUCAAGGUUCUCGACGGUAUUGGCAAGAAGCACAAAUUCAACAGCUUUGAGAAGGUGCGCAAUGUCCACCUCGAUAUUGACCCCUUCACUAUCGACAACGGCAUAUUUACUCCUACACUGAAGCUUAAGCGUCCCCAAGCAGCCAAGGCUUACCGGGAGCAUAUCGACCGCAUGUACGAGGAGCUUGCGGCCCAGGAGCCUAUUGGAAAGAACAAGCUAUAA